AUGUUUACUGUGCCCUUCACUUUGGCCGGCAACGCCGUUGCCGGGUUUUCCUUCUCGAGCUCAACUACGGUAGAGGAGGUGGUGGCCCGCAGGGGUUUAUCACCGUACCUGCAGUCACAGCCCAGGAACGGAAAAGAAGUGACGUCGCUUAAAGCCUUCGUGGGGCGUUGCCUCCUUGAACUUGUCCAGGUGGCGCUACGACCUCUUUGCGGUAAGGCGGAUGCGGCUUCGGUGGGAAAUGCGGAGGUUUCAAGUGACCCCGCCGAGCACGAGGAAACCCGGGAUCAGAAGCAGACACUGUUUAGUGAGAAUGCCACAGAGCUGAUCACGUUUUAUUUGGGCGUUUCUGAGGCGCCGGAGAUGCCUCUUAGUCGCAUCGUAACGGCGACACUUCCCGUCCUUGUAAAUGCGGCGCCGCUAACGCCGCUGUUCGCCCGGUGUUUCCAGCGCAUCAUUUUGAAAGCCUUCGAUGUGGAUGCACACGCCACAACCGCCGCCAUUGCCGCCAGAUUGGACAAGGAACUGCUUCUCGGCGUCAUUCGCCACAUUUCCGCAAGUUUUGUUGUGUCUGAAACCUUUGCAGCCUUGUUUGAAACGACCCUGCAGGACACUAAACCCGCUGCCUUUUCAACGGUGUCACCGGUGUUCAUCGAGGCCUGUGUUCGGCUGGGUUUUGCGGAACACCUGGCCUCACAUAUGGCGGUUGCGCUGCGCACGGAAACGUGUCAGCCGUACUUUAGUUUUUGGAAGGCGUUGGUCAACCACGGCUACAGCCAGACGGCGGGGCCCAUCGUGGAUGAACUUUUGAAGUACGAGUUGAUGUCCGUGUAUGUAAGAGAUAUUCUUCGGGGCUGCGAGGAAGCCAGGGCUAGCCCGGGGGCUGUUCCGCUUGCCGCCCAAGGCGUCGAGGUGUACCGCGGCAUCCUGGCCCUGGUGCGAACCUCCCUUGUCCCGGCUGACGUGGCUGAAAUGUACUCCAUGAACGUCUCUGUAAUAGCCCCUAUUAAGCUCCUGACAGCGUAUUUUAGACGGUUCUGUGACCUUAUACCUGUGUGUGGCGCCGCCGCUCCGUCCCGCGCCGACGCCAUGCGAAUUGCACUGUGUGCGAUGUUUGUAGAAGUACUUUCUUUUCGGCUGCGGGAUACGGAUCGCAUCAUUGCGGAGUCCAACUUCUUGCAGAGCCUGCUUGCGGUCAGUCUCCAAUACCCAAACUGCUACUGCCUCUCCGUGCUGUUGCAGCGCUCGCUGCUAUCGAUAUUUUCGGGGCGCAUAAACGACACGGACGAUGUUUUGUUACGACAUCUUGCGGCAACAGAAAAUGCACGCAAACCGGGUCUUCUUGCGGGGUGUGUGGAGUUGUGCACGGAGGACCGUCUUCGGCGCACCUCGCUUGCUGCGCUGAUGGUGGAGACCUGGCGAACGUUGGCCCAAAGAACGCUUCUUGCGGAUUCAUGCGAAACACUGCGACACGCCAUUGAGCUUUUCUCGACAAAUAGGCAGCUGCAGGAGCGGAUUCAGGACUUUGGGCGACCCAUCACCGGCGAAGGAUUUGCAGCCGCAGGGUCGGGGAGCAACGAGGAGAUACACCACCGCCCUUGCGUCUACCACGUCUCGCGGCAGCGCUCUGUGAGCCUUAACUCGUUCUCGUCGCCCACGGACCCCGGCCCCUCCUUUGCCAAGGGAGGAGCGCCAGACGGCGGGCGCGUGCGGGCGGACGCCUACCUCGUGGGGGACUUGCCGGGGACGGACGCGGGCGGGGAGGCGGCUCCGCCAGAGGAAGCCAUCAGCGAUGCGGCGUUUUCCGUGCCUGAGGGGCUCCUUUACGAUGCGGAGGAUUCCGUCGCUGCGGACCUCGCGUGGGACGAUGAGGUGGUGCCGGCGGAGGUCUCCCCACAGGCGCGGGCGUACCCAAGGUUUGCCGACGUGCGCAUCUCCUUCGAGGUGCGUGAGGAGGCCGCCCCCGCGGAGCCAGGCGAGCCGGGCGCCGACGCAGCCCCCCGACGCCGCGUUGCCACAGAGAACCUUGAGGAAGAGUAG